UAAAUGAAUAAAGGCGUGGCCUACUGGCCUUUAGCAUGGCUACGACAAUUGGCGUCCUUGUGGCAUUGACCUCCCUGUUAUCUGUGCUAUUAGGAGCCUUAGCUGAUGGAAUUGGAACAGAUUGUUCUCUGAAAGGUUUUGGAUCGAGCCUUCUGUGUAGUUCUUGUGAUGAAUUAAAGCGUUUUGAAUUAUCAGAAUUGAGAGAUGAAUGCCUUAAGUGUUGUCAGAAGACUGGUAGCAACAAUGAACAAAAAUUCAGUGGUGCUAUUCUUGAAGUUUGUGGAUGAAAGCUUGGGAGGUUUCCUCACAUACAGGGGUUUGUCAAAGGCAAUGCACCAUCUCAGUUUCCUAGCUUAAAAAUUAAGUAUAUGAGAGGGGCUGAUCCUACUCUGAAACUUUUGGAUGAUAAUCAAGCAGUUGUUGAUACUUUGUCAAUAGAUAAGUGGGACUCAAACACACUUGAGGAAUUCCUCAAGGAGAAGCUACAGUAAUCUUUUGGUAGCAUUUAAUGUCAUUUAGAUUAAAACAGUGAUAGCAUAGCCUAAAACUGUGUAAUGCAGUAGGCUAUGGUUUGAUGAUCAUUUAAUCUGAUGAUGUUGAGUUGCUGCUUCUAAAUAUAGAUAUUUCAAUUGUCAAUUUAUUAUCAUCAAAAUUAA